CUUACAUUAUUAUUAUUAUUUCGUGAAUUUUGAAAUAUUAACUUUAUUAAUUUUAUUUUCGCUUAAAGUAUCUUAACAAUUUGCUUAAAAUUCUAUUUCACAAUCAACGGUAGGAAUUUGUUUUUCUACGUCACGGUGCAAGUGGUUGUGAGAAGCGUUGGUGAAACACGUUUGUAAAUUGGAGGCCAUUAUGGCAUUAAAUUAAUGGUUACGAAGUUGAAAUGUAGUUGGUUGUUUUACCUGUAUAAUAUUAAUGUACGAAACUUUUGUCGUUGUAAAAACAGAUAAACUAUAUUGUUUUAACCAUAAUUCGUUUGUGUUUCUAUAGGUUCAAAUAGACCCGGAUUCACUGAUGGCAGAGAACACCAUUUUAAAAGAUUAAGGAUGAUUGGGUACAAAUAGGCAGUACCUACCUGCUUACUAUAUAUUGUUUUCAUCCAAUGGGGAAGUGCCUUUCUUGCUAUCAAGCAGAAGCAGUACCUGAUAAAUAUAUGAAGUGUCAAGAAAUGGAGUUCUCAAGUGCCAUUGUACGAUUAAGCAAUUGUGAUGAAAGUCAGAUAUUUAGAUCUAGCAAUAGUGAACUCGGUGCUUCUGUUGUUAGUAGUAAUGGAGAAAUGCACAAAAGUACAUCUUCCAAAUCUGUCCUUGGUUUUGCAGAAAAACUGAUAUUUCACCCACGAAUCCCUGCAAUUCGUAGUGGUAGUACAGACAAAAAGCAGUCUAGUCAUUCUGGACGAGAUUACUUAGAAAGAAAAAUCCAUGCUCUUUUUGAUAAAUAUAAAGAUUUAGGAGAAGAUGUUAUGUUGUCAGAAGGGAUAGAGCAGUUUUGCCAAGACCUUGAGGUUAAGCCUGAAGAAUUUCUUGUUCUUGUAUUAGCCUGGAAGUUUGGUGCUGACCAGAUGUGUUGCUUUACCCGGGAAGAGUUCGUGAUUGGUUGCAAAAGUCUUCAUGUGGAUUCAAUUCUAGGAAUACAGUCCAAAUUCUCAGAAAUGCUACAAGAAGUGAAGAAUCCUGAUACCUUCAAAGAUUUAUAUCGAUUUACAUUUAAAUUUGGUCUGGAAGUUGGACAACGAAUACUCCCUGUAGAAAUGGCAAUACAGUUGUGGAAACUUGUAUUCUCAAAGAGAGAACCUUUAAUUCUUCAACGAUGGAUUGUGUUUUUAGAAAAACAUCCAAAUAUUCGAGGUAUACCACGUGAUACCUGGAAUAUGUUUCUUAACUUUUCAGAAACUAUGGGGGAUGAUCUUAGCAGCUACGAUGAUACAGAAGCUUGGCCCAGUUUAUUUGAUGACUUUGUAGAAUAUGAGAAUGAUAAAACAAAUCAGAAUGUGCUUCAGAACAAGGAAUUGGAAGAGUUAGUUUAAUUAACAGCCACUUGUGUCUUUUCAAGUUUCAAUAUAAUGUUACCGAACGUCAUUUAUGUGUUGGUGUUGGCCUACCUGAUACGGGCUUUCCUAUAUAAUGUGACUUGAUGUGAUAUCUUGACAGUGACCUACCUGAAUAUACAAAUAUUUUGUCAAAGGACCAUAUAAAAGUUCAGAAGUUGCCACAAUUUAAUUUUGUUUUUAUCAAAACAUUUAGCUUCUUUGCUGGUUCUAUUUAUAAGUAUGUGUUGUAGAUCGUGUGUACAUUUUCUGUUGUUCUGCUAACCAGUUUCCAAAUUCAAGUUAUAAUAUUCUUGAUUUUUCAACUCAAGAGACCAUACCGUUAUUAUUUUACCUAUAUAUAUAUAUAUAUGUUUGUGUGCGUGGUGUAUUUCUACUCACCCAAAUUGACAGUAUUUUUUGCUUUAUUUUCAUACAAAUUAUAUCACAACAAAUAUGAUAAAAUGUACUCUGUGU